UCCUCUGCAAAACUACUCCUCUCUCCACACUGAAACAGAACUCAUCUGCCGAUCACUUAUCACUUUCCUCCUUAAUUUCUUCAUUAUUGCUUUGAUUAAUUGAUAACCGCUAUGAUUGAUGGUUAUACCAUUAAACCCUUUUGAUAAAAGCGCUUUCUUUCUGUGGGUUUGAGGAUUUCUGUCUUCUCCAUGGUUGAAAGGUUGGGGUUUGCUCAAGGUCAGACCCUUUUCCAUAUUUCCCAUCUGCUGGAAUUCUGAAAUUUGGGUUUGAGGAUUUCGAGAUUUUCCAUGGUUGAAAAAUUGGGGUUUUCUCAAGUUGCAUGCCAAUUGGGAGUAUUCUCACAGUUGCCUAAAGCAUGCUAAUCAGUGGGUUUCUGUUCCAUGCAUGGAUGAAACCAAGUCUUAUAAGCUUGGUGAUAGGAUUACAAGUGACAUUAUUGUACGCUUGAGAAACAAAGAAGGAAGACCUGAAGUUUUCCAUUCACAUUCCGUUGUUCUGAAAAAGAACAGCAAGUAUUUUGCAGAUAGGUUAUCCCAUCCAAACCCUAGUACUUGUAUCGCCGUUCAGUGCUCAGAUUCAGAUUAUGAAUAUCAUGUUGCAUUUUUGAGGCGUCUCUAUCUCCCUGUAGACUCUCUUUUGGACUCCUGGGACUCUGUUCAAUCAGCUGUUGGUGUUCUGCUGGUGGCAGCUGCUUUCUGCUGUGAAGAGAUCACACAGAGCUGCAUCCAGUACUUGGAGGCUGUUCCCUGGGAGGACAAGGAAGAAGAAGAGAUCAUUAAAGCAGUUUCAAAACUGGGUCCAAUAGCUAUGCCCAUUUUGGCCAGAAUCCAACCUGUAGAUUUAAGUGCCACAAGAAAUGUUUUCAUCUCUGCAAUUCGGUUUGCUACGUCCACUGGCAGACCAUGUCCUCCUUUUGGUGAUGAGCUUAAAACCUCAGCUCAGGAACAAGUUGAAUACAUGCUAGGGGAUGAUGAAGACACAGCCCUGGUUACAGCUGAUGAUGAAGUAAAAUCAGAGAUUAGAAUAGGUCUAUCCAAGAUAUGUUUUUCUUUUGAAGAGGAUCUGUCUUCUUUGCUUUUGGAGUCUGAUCUCUCAUGUGAAGCAGCCGAAAACAAAAUUAUGCAGUCUCUCUCUGAUCUCGAGUGGAUGUGUACGAUUCUACCGAAGAUAGACAUGAUGAAAGAUUUUGUUGCUAAUUGGGUAGAUACAUCAGUUAAUGUUCUGAGGGUUGUUGAAGACAAGAAACUUGAUUCUGUUAUGUGGGGUUUGAAAUUUAAAUUAAUAGAAGUGACUACCAAAGUAUUAGAAGCAGUAGGUUAUGGAAAUGUGAUUUUUCCAGCCCCAGGUCGAGUACUAUUGCUAAAGACAUGGCUUCCAUAUGUAAGGAAGAUUAAGCCACUUUUGGAUUCAGUUGGCAGCGAAGAAAUGGGUUAUCCUUACAAGAUGGGUGAAGACUUGUGCCAGAGCAUUGAGGGGGCACUCGUCUCCCUGAUACUGGCAUUGCCAUCGAACGAUCAAGCUGAUAUUCUCGCAGACUGGAUGAACACCGAACAAGUGAGAUAUCCUGACUUGAGCGAGGCUUUUGAGGUUUGGUGUUACAGAACUAAAUCUGCAAAGAGAAGAUUGGUGGAGGGCGUGGACAGAGUGGACAAUGCCACUGUCAGCCUUUGACAUUACUUUUUUGUUGUACGACUAAGGUAUUAAGUGGGGAUUCGUAGAUAAGUUCCACUUCUGUAUGGUGAUAGAGAUAUGCUGUGUUUUGAUAUUGUUAAUUUCUUGUAAUUUCCAAAUGAUCCAAUUGAUGGUGUUAUCAACCACUAAUUUAAACUAGGACAUAACCAGUGGAGCAUCUUUGAAUAUAGGUUGUGAUGUGAUGAUGAACCAAACUGAAGAAAAUGAUGGGCUAGCACUAGCAGGUUGAAUUUUGG